AUUUCGCUCCACUUGCUGUCACUGUUCGAAUUGAUUCGGCGCCGUUAUCAACAGGCGUCUCGACGCAGGGUGGUAUUCUCGCGACUUAUUUGUUUUGUCAAAUUGUACCCUUUGAAAAAGGUGAUUUAAUCAAACUACAAUUAUUUCAACAAUGCUGGACCUAGAAUAUGAUUAUUUUCUAGAAGAGGAUAAAAUUGUACUACUGUACUGUUAUCAGUUCUCCCUCAAAUACUUAUAAAUUAGCAAUAAACUGAUAUUCCAUUUGUCACAUUCGUGACAUCACCUUGUUAAUUAGUAAGAUAAAAAUUAAACAAACUCGUUUGCAUGAUCGACUUUAUACUUGUAAUAUAAGGCUCAUAUGUUGCAUGUUAAUUAAUUCAUUACCUUUUGUACAGAAUUUAGUAAUUACAUGAUAGGGUGACAAUAAUAAGUCAUAAGUGACAGUCACAAUAUAAGCAAAAUAUGCAGUAGGAAGUAUUUUGUCUACACCCAUAUAUUUAUAAUUUAAUCUAAAGCUGAUAGUACUUCCGGUUGUAUUUCGUUGCGUACCAUUUACACAACGGUGUGAAAAUUCAUAAUUUGUGGUUAAUGUUGAAUACAAGGUAUUCCAAUAUGAUGAUGUUGCAUCUUUCGGAUGUUUAUCCAAAUUAUCAAAUAAGAAGAAAUUAUUUUCUAAAAGAAGAUUCAAAGGGAAUGACUGUGACUUCCGGAAGCGUCACCAUCAAAAAAGACGCCAAUAAUUUAAUCGGCAUCAGUAUUGGCGGUGGGGCCCCACUGUGCCCCUGCUUAUACAUUGUCCAAAUUUUCGACAACACUGCUGCUAGUCGAGAUGGGACUCUUCAGUCUGGAGACGAACUCGUCUCAGUCAAUGGGCUAUCAGUGAAGGGCAAAACCAAAGUGGAAGUCGCCAAAAUGAUCCAAGCUGCUAAAGACGAAGUUAUUAUAAAUUAUAAUAAACUUCACGCCGACCCGCAACAAGGCAAAAGUUUGGACAUUGUUCUGAAAAAAAUGAAACACCGCCUUGUCGAAAACAUGAGUUCUUCCACCGCCGAUGCUUUAGGUCUUUCACGGGCGAUUUUGUGCAACGACACCUUAGUUAAAAAGUUACAAGAGCUCCAACACACCGAAUUAAUGUACCGGGGACUUGUCGAUCACUCGAAGCGAGUGUUACAAGCCCACGUUGAGCUGCAACAAGCUAUCAAAGCAAUGGGCGACGUUUUCGCCGGGUUGGCUGUGAGGGAACCCCAACCAAGAGCAAGCGAAGCUUUUAGAGUUUUCGGUGAGCAGCAUCGCAGUAUGGAAAAGUUUGGCCAAGAUAUGGUCAAAAAAGUGAAACCAGUUUUGGCCGAUAUGGGUACGUAUUUGUAUAAGGCCAUUCCGGACACGAGACUGACGGUAAAAAAAUAUGCCGAUGCGAAAUUUGAGUAUUUGGCUUAUUGUCUGAAAGUUAAAGAAAUGGACGAUGAGGAAUGUAGUUAUGCAGCUUUGCAGGAACCUCUAUACAGAGUUGAAACAGGAAAUUACGAAUACCGAUUAAUUUUGCGUUGCCGCCAGUUGGCAAGAGCCAGAUUCGCCAAACUUCGAUCAGACGUCCUCGUAAAAAUGGAACUUUUGGACAACAAACACGUCCAAUCUUUAGGCGGUCACCUUACAAAGCUAAUUAAAGGAUUGUCAGAAGUGCAUUCCAAAUCAUUAGAGUUAUUAUCAGGCCCUGCCCUUUUCCCAGUUGAGGUCGACCUCUCCAACAGUGCCUUUCAAUACAAAUCGACUACUCCCGUUGUCCAGCACGAGGCCGAUGAGGAUGAACAGGAAAUCGAAAACGGUGAAGAAGUGCACGAAAUUGAAGAAAAUCUCUUGAGUAAUUUAGUUGAUGCGGGAUUUGAUGAGAUUACAGAAAGCGACCCACUUAUUCCCGGUCUAAAUCGUCAGCAGACUGAGCCAAACUACGACGAAAUGGACAAUUUGACCCUACUUUCUUCACUGAACAUAAACGGAGCACCAAAGGACGACACGAACGGUCCAUUACUUCCAGACCUAAACGAAUAAAAACUGCACACGUUGUGUAAAUUAAUCUCAAUGUAAUUUCAUAAAAAUCAAUAAAGGAUGGUCAAUAAAAUGCGAGUCUAAUAAUUUAAAUAUAUUCCCAAGGUCAUUAUAAUUAAAUGUACUCAAUCCGUACAGUUGCACUGAGAAAUGCGGUGUGUGUCGUAUUUAAUCUUAUUAACAAACGUAAAAAGUAAUCAGAUUAGUCACUUUAUUUUCGGCCUGUCGAAUGAUCAGAUGAUCGCGCCCGUAUUUGUGUACAAUAGAUUGUUUAAGUUUACGUAAAAAGUAAAUAAUUGUUUAUGAUAAUAUACAACAACGUUCUUUAUAGUAUGGUUAAAAUUUUAAAUGAAUCAGAUUAUUUAGAGCUCUCAUUCAAGUCGGUGUGUGAAUCGUUAUGCUGGCGGACGAAUAUGAGAUCUGCUGUGAGUGUUUUUUAUUUUCUUGUUCUACAAGUGCUUUGGAUCUUCCGGUCACUGUAUGAGGCUGUAAUGCCCGAAAAGAAUUUAAACGAUGACAGCUUUACACAGACAACCGAAACGAGCACGCAAGAGCCAGACACCGAACCCAAUAAAAGACGACAUUUGAUCCACUUAUUUACUACAACUCCCAAAGAACAAAAUGGCAGGCCGGUGUGUUACAUGCACGUAUGUGAAAUAAUAACCCCUCACGAGGAAGAGAUGCUGAGAUGUGCGUGUGCAAAAGGUGCUUCCACCGCAACAUUUCUCUACGACAAUAACGAACAAUUUCCUCCCACAAGUCGGAUUUCGAGGGCGACGUUCACCAACGCCUGGAUGGAAUCGUUCUCUUUAGUGAUGUAAAUGAAUAAAAUUGUACGAAAUCGAAUAUAAAAUCUUAUUUUUCGAAGUUGAGGUACUUAGAAUAAAUGUUUACAGCGUUGUCCCCGUCAACAUGUAGCGCGCAAGCGUUGAAUAAUUUACCACUUAAUAAGAGGAACGUUUUUAUACUAUGUACUGUUAAGUAGAUCGGUCUAAUCUUUAAAUAAUUUAUUUAUAGACAUUCAGUCGUGAUUUUCCAAAAUGAACGGAAUUACUUUUAAGUACUUGAUAUUAACACUUUUGUUUAACAUUUUAAGUGCUAAUAAAGUUAAGGACGGCAAUUUUACACCGAUCGUUAUGUGGCAUGGAAUGGGUAAGAGUUUUGUUCUUUUAUUGCUGGCAGGUUAUGUUGUUGUUGUUGUUGCCGGCAGUGGCGUAACAAUUUCCAUAAUAAUAGCUAUGUAUUGAAAAACUGUUCCAUUUUGAAUCUGACAAUAGCAUAUUUUUGUAUUACGUACUACUUUUUAUUAUACUGAAAAAAUAAUAAAAAUUUUUCGUGAAA